UGACCUAUAACCAAAGGUCCUUGUGAGUAUGGAAAGUUUAAAUGGUGCUUGUCAACAGAUCGCGUUGUUGGUCUGGAUUUGUUUACUAGCGAUUAUUUGCGAAAGUUUUCUUAACUGCAUUUUCUUAAGUCUUCUGUUGCGUAAAGUUCGUGUUUUUGUAAUUAAUUGUCCUCGUUAUGCAAUGAUUAGUUACAUUUAUUUUAUUCAAUAAAAAAAAACUAAUAUAAUAUAAAAUAAUUUUGAUUGUUCUGGAUCUGGAUCUCUGGAUUUUAUUGUUGUUUUUCCAUAUCAUGUCAGACACAGUGAGUAUCCUUUCGGAAUUUUUCCUGGUGACUUUUAAAGUACUUUGGGCUUUCGUACAGUCUGGGUUGAAAUGGUUUGUACGGCAAAAAGAGAAAAGCGUUGCAGGGCAGGUGUGUUUGGUCACUGGGGCGGGCAGGGGUCUCGGCCGACUGUUUGCUAAGGAAUUCGCCCGAAGACGAGCAGUGCUGGUCCUCUGGGAUAUCAACAGUGAAAGUAACGAAGAGACAGCGGAGAUGGUGCGCCGGAUCUACCGGGACACGCCCAGUCCCACAACUGGAGAGGAUGGUCCUCAUCUUCAGGUAUACACUUACCAGUGUGAUGUGGGAAAGCGUGAGUGUGUGUAUGCCUCGGCGGAGAGGGUGAGGCGUGAAGUUGGCCCCGUCGACCUACUAGUGAACAGCGCUGGCGUCGUCUCCGGCCACCACCUGCUGGAUUGUCCAGAUGAGUUGAUUGAGAGGACUUUGAUGGUCAACUGUCACGCCCACUUCUGGACCACCAAAGCCUUCCUCCCAGACAUGCUGGAGGCUAACCACGGCCACAUCAUAACUGUGGCGAGCUCCCUGGGGCUGUUCAGCACCGCUGGUGUGGAGGAUUACUGUGCCAGCAAAUUCGGGGCCGUCGGCUUCCACGAGUCCCUCAGCCAUGAGCUGAAGGCUGCAGAAAAAGAUGGGAUCAAAAUGACAUUGGUGUGUCCCUUUCUUGUGGACGCGGGCAUGUUCAGAGGCUGCAAAAUCCGAAACGAGAUUGCAUCCUUCCUGCCCCCCCUACAGCCAGAGUACUGUGUACAGCAAGCUAUGCAGGCCAUCCUGACUGACCAGCCCAUGAUCUGUACGCCUCGCAGCAUGUACAUGGUGACCUUCAUGAAGGCGAUCCUGCCGUUUGAGGCCAUUGUGUGCAUGUACCGCCUCCUAGGGGCUGAGAAGUGCAUAUACCCCUUUCUGGCACGUCACAAGGAAGCAAUGAACAACAAUGAGGCCAAGAGUGGGGUUUAGAAGUGCUAUUACCCUGAAUGCAGUGCUUGGAUUAAAUGUAUGCAAAGGUUUAGCCUUAGUCUAUGACAAAAUGUAUACUGCGUUAAACGUAUUCAGCUUUAAUGAGUGUUGGCAAUCAAAUCCUGAGAGUAGCAGUGUGACAGUAUGCUCGGGAAUGACCAGAGCUGUCCUUGCAGUGAAGUGUGUAAGAUUUUCAGGUAGGGGGCACGGCGUCUACUACUCUGUCCUUACUCUGUCAGUGACUUGGUGAUGUCUUAAGACUGCCAUCCUUGCAGUGUGUAGCCUGUAGUGAGUAAGUACAGCUUGGGGAUAAAUGUAUGAUGAUGAAGCGUCCCAACAGCUGUUUCAGUCUGUAAUCUCAUGUGCCUUAAGGGAUGGAUUAGACUGGGCAUACUACAGCAAUACUGUCAUAUCUAUGCAUAUCGGAAUCUAAACUCUAUUCAUAUUUUCAGUUUAUUUCUACUCGCAAUCUAACUGUAGGAGAUACGCCUUUUAUUAUUUUACCUUAAAUUUAAAAUCACCUUUGAAUGUUCAGUGCUUGAACUGGGCUGGUCCUCAGCAGUACACGGUACCAGUACCCCUUUGUUUUUCUCUUCAGAGUACUGGGAACAUUUCAUGUGUACUGGUACUGCUCAUGAUCUACCGGUAGCAUACUGGCACCUGUUUUGUUCACACUUCAAGCACUGGGAGUAUUGUUACGAAUUCCAUUGUGCCGGAGGCAAUUGUGUAUUUAUUUUGUAUGUUUGUAAUUUUAAUUAUUUAAUGAGUUCUUUGUCCUCAAUCACGGAAUGUUUAUGGUCCCGGAAGCAGGGAUUAGGCUACCAGGACAAGCUAUGCUCCCUGUGUAUGGGGGUGUGGCUAAUGGAUAUGUAGGAGGAGCCUAGCCCAAAUGCGACUUUUUCACGAACCAGUGUAAUGAUUAACUGCUGCAUAUUUGCUGAAGCAGGGCGCCUCACCUCUGGGACCCGGGUUCCAGUCUCCACUGGGGCUCUACGGGUGUGGAGGCUGCAUGUUCUCUCCAUGUCAUUGUGGGGGUUGGUGGCCCGGCCUGGGUUGUUUUCUGCCUUGUACCCAUAGGCUCUGAACCCCUCACGACCCUGAGUAGGACAUGUGGUUCCAGAUAAUAGAUUUAUGUGGUACUUCCUGGCUUUCAAAUGCUGGGAAUGAGGCAGUUUGGACCAUCCUCUUUGUCUGGUAUAAUACACAUAUACACUUUUCCAACUAAGGUGACUGUUCUAUUGGAGGUGCUGUAGAGCCUCUGCGUUACCUCCAUCAGCUUUAUGUACAUUUUCAGUCUGUACAAUUAUGUUUUUUAAUUGUAGCCACUAGAUGAUUAUCAGGCUAGGGCUGCUUGAUUGUGGCAAAAAUCAUAAUCACGACUAUUUAAUAUGAUUACUCAUUGAUUCUGCAGCUAUCAUGGAUUCAUUGAACUUUAAAAAAAAAAUGGUCUUUUUAACAGUGUAUAAAUGCAUAUAAUUCAACUGAGAAACAAGUGAGCAGUUUUCCAGAAGGGGGUGUGUUGGAUUUUUAACAACAUAAAUGGGAGCAUCAGCGUGAAAUGUAAUGUGGCACAAAAAUUAUUUGAUCUCGAUUUUUCUUUUGAUAAUAGUUGGAAGCCAAAAUCAUAAUUGAAAUUUAAAAUUUAAUUAACUGCCCGUCCCUAGGUUAGGCACACAAACACCUGUGCCUCUUCCACCCUUAAAACUGGACUCCUGGGCUCCAUCAGAAAUACACUGCCAACAGUCCACAUGGCUAUUUAAUGCUAUUCUCUGUGUUGAUAAUUUGAUCUGGUUCUCUGUUUUGAUAUUUUGCACUUGGGCUGGGAGAGCAACACAAAGAAACACGUGUAACAGUGUAGCUUUCAAUAUACUGCCAUCCCCGUUGUCAUUCCAGAAGUGCCAGAUCAAAGAUCUCGGGAGCAUUGAGUCAGUGCCUCAUUGUCCUUGUCACCACAGUGAAGAUGGCAGCAGCAGCGUCAUCACCAUUGAAGUAGGUUUAAUAGCUGUAAAGUGCUGUUUAAUGCUCACUUCUGUAGAUCUAGGGUAGUACCGUAUCAGUAUUGUACGAAUUCCUCACGCAUUUCAAAUCACAUUCCAAAUUUCCCUCCUGUAGAAGUAAAGGUUUCUUUUAUAAUAGAAAAGGAGACCUGUGCUAUACCAUCAACAUCUACUAUCUGUAGCAGGAACCUUAGCCAAAAACCUUUCUUGAUAAUGCAUUUUCAUUUUUUUUUUUUUUUUGCUAACUUUUUUUUUUUAAGAAAGUUUAAUGAUUUCACAUCUUUGUUUCUGAAAUAUACUGAUUAAAAUUUGCUUUAAACAUGUUCAAUUUGCAAUAAAUUAACUGGACGAAGAUGAGUCUACAUCAUUUGUAAUUCAGAAGUGUUUGAAAGUAUGAAUGAUUGCAAAGUACUGUAGACAGAAGGCUGGGUAAAGAGGAAGAGGUUUGCAGAUGCAAACAGUAUGCGAAGGAUGUUAAAAAGAACAUUAUAAAUUAAACAGUAAUGGCAAGUUGGUAUAUUAAUCAGGUGCAUUAAACUUGUUUUUACAAAUAAAACCAUUCACGGGCUCUUA